AUUAUUGCAUUUCUGUCAGUGUGCACUCCAAGGGGUGGAGACAGCUACAGCCUGCUACGUUUAACUGAAGAGCAGCACUAUAAUAACGGCUUCGAGCCACCCCAUUGUUGUUAUACUCAAACAGUGAAAACUUGGAAUCCUUGACAUUUCAAGAUGUGUAAAGGGCUAGCAACACUGCCUGCAACAUGCCUGAAAAGUGCCAAAGACAUCAAACACAAAAUAAACAUCUUUCUCCAGAGGCAAGAGUCACAAGAAGUGGACCAGAAGCAGACAGACGAAAAGAAUGAAGAAGCUGCAAAAAGGGUGCCAACUGCUGCUGAGGUAGAGAAAUGGAAGGAAUCGUUCAGCUUUGUGAUCAACUGUGAAAUGGGUCGAAAUGUGUUUACCAGCUUCCUGCGGUCGGAGUUCAGCCAAGAGAACAUGCAAUUCUGGGUUGCAUGUGAGGACUUCAAGAACACUUCAGUUUGCAAGUUGGAGAAGAAAGCAAAGUUCAUCUACCAGCAAUAUGUGGCAGUAGACUCUCCAAAUGAGGUAAACCUAGAUGCUGGGACCAGAGAGGAAACAAGACAGAAAGUUAUGAGCGUCUCUCAUUCUUGUUUUGACGAGGCUCAGAGGAGGAUCUACAUUUUGAUGGAGAAAGACUCCUACAGACGUUUCCUACACUCCAAAUUGAUUCACGAUUUGUCUCAGGCCCACACUUCUGUUGUACGGAAGAAACAAAACACUAACUACAGCACCACUGAUAUCAGGGAGGAAUUGGCUCGUGUUGCCUAGACAGGAAGAAAAACGGGAAGAAUAUUUCAACAGUUGCCGUACAAGAUAGCUGUUCUUGUUAAAAGCAGGAUUUGCAUGCAGGAUGAACAAGGUUUCAGUCAUGACAAUACGUACAUAUUGAGGUUAAAAGCGGAAUGAAAUCCAGAAAUGCAUGCUUAGUGUCAAAUGUUCUAUGAAUUACUACCUCUGUACUUAUAAUUGAACAGCAACAAGAAAUGUUUUGUUUUUGUUUUGGAGAAUCCAAAUGCUUUCCUUUUUUGUGUUUAAAAAAAAAAAAAAAAAAGUUAACUGCUGACACAUUUAGUAAACUAUUGUACUGUUUAAAUCUUUUAACUAAUUUAUAAUAACAAUUGAUGAAAUAUAAAAAUAUC